UUGUCCAAGGCAACCAUGUCUAGCAAGAAGAAAUCGGUCAUUGACCGCACACCCACAAACGCGCCCAGCAAACUAGGAACCGCUACAUUUACUCUAGGACGUCUGUCCGAUGCUCCCCUGCAAUAUUUUAUGUUCACCGAAGGUUGGGCAGUUAAAGCGCUUACCUCUGUUGGGAUUCGCGCCAGCUCGCUUCUCCUCACAACCGGACCUGGUGUCGCAGGACUCGCACCAAUUCCAACACUCAUGACCGGAAUGUACGCUGUAGCUGGCCUUCGCCACGCUUAUUGGGUUCUUUUCACCAACUCCUACGAUUGGAAGCUCCCCGAAGCGUCUAUGGUCGUCUUGUAUAACACCUUUUUGAAUACGACCAGCAGCCUUGUUGCUGCACACGCCCUUACGUCUUCUCCACUUCCAAUCCUCGGUGACAGGCUUAUCGACUGUAUUGGCUGGAAGCAAUGGGCGGGUAUCACACUUUUCACCACCGGAAUCGCGAUAGAGUUGAUCUCGGAACAAACUCGUAAGGCCUUCAAAAAGGACUUGCGCAAUAAGGGCAAAAUUGACGACACUGGCCUCUGGGGUCUUGUUCGCCAUCCAAAUUACCUCGGCUAUACUCUCUGGCGGACCGGAAUUAUGUUGACAACAGGUUCUCUCACUGCUUCAGCUCUUAUGGCCGUCUUCCAAAUUAUAGCAUUCACAACAGGCGGAAUUCCCGAUAUCUCAGCGCAUAUGGCAGACAGAUAUGGAGCACAGUGGGAGGACUACAAACAACGCGUGCCUUCAGCUUUGAUCCCAGGCAUUCUGUAA